AUGGCCCUCUGGAGAAGCGUCCGCGAGCACUACGACCGCGCUCACACAGCCGCCCUCCGCGGAGACUACCGGCGCGCCGUGCGGCACCUCGACCGCUGCAUCGACAUGCUGGCCGAUGCGUACGGCUCCCCCGUCCACUACAAGCUUGCCAUCUUCUACUGCAAACUCGGGCGCGCCCUCCUCCGUAUCUCUCAGAACCCUAUUCCAGGCUCAGAUUCAGAAGAGACCCUGGCUAGCGCCUCAGAAGACGCGCGUUCUCAGUCCCAUAGCACAAAUACAGAUUUGGACAAAAGCUCCGGGUCAGAGUCAGUAGACAGUGCUGAUGCUAAGGCAACCACUGCAACGAAGACUCUCCGUACACCCUUCGACAUAAUCCUGGAGAAGUUUACUCGUGCGCUCGAGUGCAUCAACGUAUCCCCGCCAUCGAUACGGAGCUCUGCCAACACGCUUUUAACAGAAGCAGAGAUUUACCAGAGCAUGGGCGAGACAGCGUUGAUAUACGGACGCCCUGAGGUUGAAGACUGGUUAACGAUUGCCAUGGGUCUAUACUUGCGUGUUCGAAACCCUGUGUGUGCAGAAAUAGGAGCCUGCCGCUUCUUUCUCGGCAAGCACCAUUUUAAGAAUAGAAAGCUCCAAUGCGCGCAUGAUGACCUCACAGCGUCGCUAGAUAUUCUUGUGAAAUUGGAACUAAUGUACCGCGAGCAAAUUCGCAGCCUUCUUAAGAUUGAGCACGAGACCCAUUUCCACUUUUCUGCACAGCGGAAAUUCCAGAAGUUGCGAGCUAAGAAGCACGAGUUGAGGAAACAACUAAACCUGAUAAAGGUCCAGAUAAAGGAGACAGACGGCUUGGUGCAGAUGUGUAAGGGGCUUAUGGGGCCUACCUCUACAUCAGCUGUCCUCCCAUCAGGCAGCCUCUCUAGCAUGAAGUCUCUCGGCCUUAGCACAGCAAGCAAGCUUUACGAAAAUACUGGCACGAUCAAUGAUGAUCAGCUUUCCUGGGCGCUUUCUUCGCUUCCCCCAAAUUUCCAGCGGUUAGCCAGUUCCGAGCUUAACAUUUAG